GGAAAACCCAGGAAGUGCGGCCUAGGCCUGACAAACUCUCAGGCUAAUAAUAAACGGCCUGAGUAAUGAGUGGCGUGGGCCAGGCCAGGCAGGAGGUCGCAGCCGGUGGCACAGGAGUGUGUGCUGGCGGCCAGGGGUGGCUAUGGCAUCCUGCCCCAGAGAGCAUUACUGGGACCCCUUAGCGAAAACCUGUAUCUCCUGCACAGUCACCUGCAGCCAGAGGAGCCAGCACACCUGCACAGACUUCUGCAAGUUCCUCAGCUGCCGAAAACAGCAGGGCAAGUACUACGACCAUCUCCUGGGGGCCUGCGUCAGCUGCGACUCCACCUGCAUGCAGCACCCUCAGCAGUGUGCUCAUUUCUGUGAGAAAAAGGCUCGAAGCAGGGUGAACCUCCAGCCCGAGCUCAGGAGCCCACAGGCUGGGGAGGUAGAAGCCAGGCCAGAUAACUCAGGAAGGCACCAGGGAUCAGAUCAUGGAGGCUUGCAGACAGGUCCAGGGUUGAAGCUGAGCAGCGACCAGCUGGUCCUGGUCUACAGCACACUGGGGCUCUGCCUCUGCGCCAUCUUCUGCUGUUUCCUGGUGGCCGCGGCCUGCUUCCUCCGGCGUAGAGCAGAGCCACUUCCCAGCCAGGGUGCGCGGCCGCGUGGGCCACAAGCAAAGGCUCCCCACCGCGCGGCGAAGGAGGCUCUCAGCGAGGUGGUCGCGCCAGCCCAGCCUGUCGAGACGUGUAGCUUCUGCUUCCCGGAGCGCAGGUCGCCCACGCAGGAGAGUACCCGUGCUCUCGGGAUGCUGGGCUUCGCGGGCACCGCCGCCCCACAGCCCUGUGCGCGCGUCACGGCCGGCGGCCUGGGGGGCCUGCGCCUGCCCACCGGGGACGCGCGUCCUGGAGCUUGACUGACGGCGAAGAAGGAGGAGACAAGGGAGAAGAUGGAGUGCGAGGGGGUUGGGGUGGGGUGGAGAAGAGAGCAGAUGAAGAAGACGAGAAGGAGGCAGAGAGGGGCAGCCUGGCUGCACCCAUGCAGAGCAAUAAAGCAACUAACCCGCAGUGCCCACGUCCCCAGCGCCGCACCUGUGCCACUGUGCCCCACACUUUCCGCUGAGCAGCCAACCUGUGUGCUUCUCUUUAGUGGAGAAAGAUGGAAGAAUGACCAGCGCCCAGAAUGCCGUCCUUACGGUCCUUACAGACAAGCAGGCUUACCUAGGGCCUUGGGCAGAUAGCUGAAUGCGGUGUAUAUGUAUUUGUGAAUUAAAGACUUUGUAUGUGAAUGUGUAGGUUCUGGGUUGUGUCAUGUGGGCGUGUCUAAAUGAGUUGUAUGUCUGUGUAUUGCGUGUCUGUAUGAACUGGGUGUAUGUGUGAGCGCAUUUUCACAUGUGUGUGAAUUUUGUGCAUGUAGGUUUUUGUGUGUGGUCAAUGUGGCGUAGCCAGGAAGGUGAGGGCUCCUCUGUGUGAAGGCCAAACGUCUAAAAGAAUGAUGGGUGUUCCCUGGACCUCAGUGAGAGUGGGUUCAAUGCACCCAUUUUUCUGAGCAUCCACGCUUAUCUUUUUAGUUGCAUUUAAACCUCCAGAUGCAUGAAAAUAUCCUCAGGAGCACUUUCCCAACAAGCUUAAGCAUGAGAUUGUACACAGAGAAAUUUCAUCCUUAACACCCAGAUACCUACCCACUUUGCAGUGGCCUACCCACGCCAAAGGCCACACAACAGGGGCUCCUGUUCUCACCACUCCCAACUAGCAGGCUGGCAGGGGUAACGCUGCCAUGCACAGAAUAGCACCAGUGCCAGCUCCACUCACACGAAGUGGCUGUCCACAGGGUUUGGAGUCUGCAGCCAAGGUGGCUACAGAAUUGGCACUUCCUGAGGCUG